UACCCGACACUUAGUCAAUGCACCGAGGGACGGUUAACUGAGCGUGCUAUAUUUUAUAUUUGAAAUGACAUGCAUUUGCUCCGUUUUAGACCGACUGAAAUGUGACAAAAAGGGCGCUCUUAAAAUCGGUUCUAUAAUUUCGAAAGUUUUUCUGUUAAUCGUACUAUUGUCCGUGGUGAUAAUGGUAUGGACGAUGCCGGAUAUUCAAAAAAUCGAUGGGAGCACUCAUAUUUGUUUGAAAUUUGACGGUGGCGUACUUUGCAAGGAAACCUCAUCAACAUUAAAGAGUUUGUUGGAAAAUGAAGUACCUCAAGUAUACACGGAAACUGCAGAACAAGAUGCUUCAGAUACAAAGAAAUACUUCAACGAUACUGUACAAAUAGAAUUGAAAAAUGACUACCUAGCAUCAAUUCCAGACAUGAAACCCGGUGCAAAGAUUGUUGGAUUACUCACAAACAAAAUGACAGGCUUGGAAACAAAGAAAUCAGGGGAGAUGGAAACAGUAGUGUCUUGGUUCAACGGCAGAGAUUUAGACUACACUACCGGCUUCAUGAGAUUCGGAGUCAGAUACCAGAAUGGUCGACUUAUUGUACCUCUUACGGGCACAUACAACAUUUACUCCUUCCUUAUUCUAACAGAAGACAUUGACCCCUCAGAGAUAAAAAAUGAGAACACCAAUGGAAAACUAGUUAUUCAUGCAAUGUACAAAUACAAUGUCAAACUCGGACAUGACGUGGAACUGGCGUCUUCUGUCCAAACACGCCGGCAGGCGACGCACAGAAAUUUCAACGCGUUCAAUUCAUACAUCUCAACAUUGGUAAAUUUAGAAGCCGGGGAUGAAAUUUCUGUCAAAAUUAGCGAUAUUUCACUAACAUCAUAUCCAGGCGAUAACGUUUUUGGUCUACACAUGAUCUGACUAGCGAUCCACAGUCGUCCACUCCAUGGAGCUGCGUGCACGUCGCGUGGAUGCUAAAGACCGAAGGUUCCACAGUCCAUUUUUAUUGAACCGGCAGGAUUCAUAUUUUAACAUUCUUACCGAAACACAACUUUCAUUUUCAUGAUUUAAAUGAAAGUUACAGGAUUUGAUCAAUAAGUUUCACAGUAAACAAAGAAGACUAAGAAAUUUUCCUAGCAUUCGAUAAAUUAUCAAAUAUAUUAACUUCUUAAAUGGAGAUGUGAGUUAAUCAUACAUUUGAAACUUGGGGUCAUGAUUAUUAAGAAAAAACACUAUAAACAAUGUCAUCUUUUUAUCAAAAAGGAUAUAGAUUGUGUGUGUGAACAACCGAGGUUUUUAUAAUUGCACAUAACUUAAACAAACUUAACAAUUACCAUUUAUAUAAUGUUUUGUAAAAAUGACGUAAUUUUGAGGAAUUGUAUAUGAAUCUAGCUUAUAUUACUCAUUGAGGAAUACAUUUUUUUUAAAUUAAUAAUAAUUAGAAUGUAUAUGUAUUCAUGUUUGUAGUAUCACUGUAUAUUGAAAUUGCAAAUAUUGGCUCAUCGUUAUAAGGUAAAUAAUGAUAAGCGACCGAAACCAA